AGUCUUUCUAUUUUAAUCGUAAUUAUUUCCUUUGAUCAAACACCAUGUCGUGACCUCUGCAUUAAGACUGACAUCCAUGUGAAGUUCCAUCACUUCGCAACUGAUUUCACAGCAAACACAUCCGUGAAUUUGAUACCGGCACAAGUUCCGUGGAAGCUUAGACGUUGUAGUUUUAAAGGAGCAAUGAGGACUGUAAGGAAGGCCACUCCAAUUCAUCAGUCUUCCCAACUCGAAGAACUACCAAAUCCUAAUAUUAUGCUACCGAGACGAUCGUCAUCUUCAUCGCAUCUACCUUCAUUGCGUGAGGGAUCUUCGGAUUGUAACGUGCCGUCAAGAAUUACAACACCUCAUGCCUUUUCAGACACUGAACAGGGAAAAACCGAAAUAAUAGCACUGGUGGGAUUGCCUUCACAUCCAAGACGAGGGAAGUUGUUCAAAUCGGCCUUAGAGAAAAGAAGCUCCCACGAAAACUCUUGGCUACCAAAUCUUAUUAAAAGAGACUUGAAAGAGAAUGUCCAACUACUGCCGGCACCUUCAUCUGAAUGGGUAGAGAGAGUACAUCGCCCACAACACUACGAACUUACUAGAACAAUUUCACAUCCACUCAUUUUUAACGAUGGAAAAUUUUCUCUCGUCACAAAAAUACAAAACGAUACAUGCUCUAACAGUUUGCCUCAACUCAACAACGGAGAGACUCCACGCAAAGGAACCGAAGAAAAACAUUCAGCUGACCUCAGAAGACAUAUCGAAAAAGAGGAGUUGGACUAUGAUUUAUUCACGACUAAAGCUGUAAUUUUGGAGCGCUUUUUAAACAGUCAGAGUUAGGUAUAUACACAUAUGUAUAUAUGUGUAUGAUCGGUAAAGUAUAAAUUAUUAAGGACACGAAAUUAGCCUGGUUGUCAUUUAUUUCAAGUGACAACAAAUAAUUCCGGGGUUAGAAGACAAGAUCGCGACUGAAAGUUAAAGAAUUAUAAACUAAAGAAAAAGAAAGACUGCAAGGAAGGCUUUACACGCGUUAAGGUAUUUAAUAUUUUGCUAUCGAUAAGAUAAUACUUGAUCUAUUAAAAAAGGGUGGUUUAUAGUUAUAAAUUAAAUAGCUCAAUUCUCUUAUUGAAAAUGAUUUGACAUGAUGUAAAAUAUUAAAGUGUGAAAGUAUUUGUAUGAUUUGAAAUUGAAGUGAGAAAGCUAUUCUUAAAUAUUGGGAUGGAUAUUCUAAUAAAUGUUCAGAACUAUGAAAA